AUGGCCACCCGCGCCGCUCACAAGCGCCUCACACGAGAAUACGCCCAACUGCAGAAGUCUCCGCCCGAAUACAUCGUCGCCCACCCCAACGAAGCCGACAUCCUCGAAUGGCACUACAUCCUCACGGGUCCGCCAAACACGCCGUACGAGAACGGCCAGUACUGGGGAACGCUCACCUUCCCGCCCGACUACCCCUUCGCCCCGCCCGCCAUACGAAUGCACACGCCUUCAGGUCGCUUCCGCUGCAGCGAGCGACUCUGCCUGUCGAUCAGCGAUUUCCAUCCCAAAUCGUUCAACCCGGCGUGGGAAGUGAGCACCAUCCUGCUGGGCGUGCUGUCUUUCAUGACGAGCGAGGAGAUGACGACGGGCUCCGUUUCGGCCUCGGAAGCGGAUCGGAAGGCUUUUGCGCAGCGGACGAGGUGGUGGAAUUCGACGGGUGGAGGUUCUACUUCGAAGACUUUGGCGGGGCAUACCGGCAACACGAGGGGGUUCGGGGCCAUCAAGGCGGGUGAUGGAGGGAAGCGAUUUCGAGAGCAGUUUCCGGAAUUGGAUGCUGAGAAUUGGAAGUGCAUGGAAGAGGAGAAGAUCGAUCCGCAGACGGGGAAGAGGUUGGAUGCUACACCGCUGCAGCAAGGUUCUUGUUCGCCGGAGAUCGAUGGUCUGAGGCGGAGAGCAGGUGGCAGUAAUGCUGGCUUGGGUGCCGUCGUGGAGGGUGGACAGGCUGCGCGACAGGCUGGUCAAGGCUGGCUGGGACGCAACAAAUACUACCUUCUGGCUGCCGCGCUGUUCCUCUACGUUAUCGCCGCGCGGCUUCUGAGGGAGGAUCGGCAGCAAUGA